GUGUGGCUUAACAGGGGUCGUAAUCUUUCAGAUUGUUGUGUUCAGGAUGCAGUCGCUCGGACUUCAUUCCUUCUUGUGAACGGUGAUGAGCUGUUGGAUUUUCCUCGGGCACUUACAUCCCAAUGGGUCUAUGUUGGUGGAUUGAAUGUGAAACAACCAUCAAAACUCGGCCAGCAAUGGAAUGCACUGCUGUCAACCAGAGCCCGAAACGUGCUUGUCUCGUUCAAUGGAAAUUCUCCAGAAUGCAUGCAAAAAGCGGCCGUCCUUCUACAAGCGUUUCUGGAAAUUCCUGAUACCACAUUCAUUUGGCGCAAUGUGAGUGAAGCAGCACAGAACCAAUCUAACGUCGUUUUCAUAAACCGAUUCACAGAAAGUGACCUUUUGGCCGAUCCCAGAGUGACCGCCAUUAUCACUGACGGAAAAACGAGUUCCCUAUUCGACAUCGUGGCUGGAGGAAAACCUGUGAGUGGGAUUACA